AAGGUUUCCGGAUAGGUGUUUUACCUACUCAGCCCUACAUUACUCACUUCUUCCCAAACGCCUCUUCCAUUUCAAUGGGUUUCGCCACUGCCUUGCCCCUCCAUCUGUAUUGGUUAUGGCUCGGUUUCAAGUUUAUGGUUAAGCUAGAGCGCAACCGGCCGAAUGCUUUGCACCACGAUUUCUCUGUAUAAUAACAAUUUAAAAGGAGCACUCAUCUACGAACAGGUCGAGGAUUGCACCUGAAAUGUUGUGGGUUGAGCUACAAUUGAUCUUUGAUCAUAUUGGUCUUGAAAAGGAUGAAUUAGACAUGUCACCAACUAUGUCUCUUGCAGUGAAUCCAGCAGCACCUGAAGUCAUUUGCAUUGAUGACGAUGAUGAGGAAGCUAAUGUGAAAGAUGAACAAUCCUGUGUUGCAAGAACCAAUACCAACUGUCACUAUCCAGUCGGUCUGCUUAUGCUGAGAAGAGCCAUAUUGGGCUAUCGAGAGCACGGUUUGAUGAUGAUCUCGAAAGUUAAUGUUCAAGAGUUUCUUGUGUUGCUUCGUCCUACCCAUUUGGCCUUGAAUAGGCUUAGUAAUUGUUGUUGUAUUAUGUAUUUAGAAACUAUUGUCAUCAUGGUUUUUUGGAAGAAGAAUCUACAAAUUCGCUAGUGGUAUGUCUUUGUUAUCGCUGAUUUUUAUGACCGGAGCAUAGUGGUAUGGAUGUUGUAACUAUAAACUUGUUGUAUGGAGCACUCUUUGUUAUUCUACAAAUAUUUUAGUUGUAUCAAAUUUUGUUUUUAUGACUGAGUUUUCCCUUUUUUGUGUUC